ACCAGCGUUUCAUGAGCUACAGCAGCAGAAAGAAGAUACGCUUCACAGUGGAACGUUAUUGGAAAUCAGGCUUGGAGGCAUCAUCCUUGUGUCUUAUGCUCACUUGGGUUGUUGGCUGCUGUGACGCAGGUCCCUCGGUGCUUGGUGUUGCGUUGCGGUUGAGCUGUUCUGAUUUUUAACAGUCGUCAUGAGUAGGUAUCACAGUGAGCUGACUCAGAGGGAGCAGGACUUACUGAAAAUCCGUCGGGACAGCGACACUAAGGCUGCCGAACUUGUCAAGAUGGAGAAGAUGCUGCAGCACACCAAGGACCUAAUGGAAAAGAAGCCAGAGUGUGGUUCAGACAGCAUGAGCUACCAGGAGAACAUGGUGGAGGACCUGGAGGAAAAGGUGCGCUCCAGCAGACGAUACAGGAGAAACUCCCUCCAUCACACCCAGAUGCUGGAGAGCCAGAUGAAAACAGUGAAAGGUGAGCUGGUGGGCACGCUGGACCAUCUCCAGGAGCUGAGGAACAAACUGCGCCGUUCGCAGCAGAAGGCAGAGGAGCGCACAGCUGCCAUGGAGAAACUGGCGGCGGGGCUCAGGUGAAGAGCUCGUUCUGCUGCCACUUUCGAUUCCAAACAAGGCUUCGACCUUUUCAAGUUUCAGCCGAAUGUCUGACCUGACGCCCUGCAUCCUGCCAACAAAGCUGUGAAGAGUUUUCAGAAAACAAGACCGCACUCAUACGCCGGUCACAUAGAAGAAAGAGACUGGAGCUGCUGUGUCGGUCUUCCCUCUGUUCUCCUCCACUGUGCAGUAAGACCACUGUUUGGCACCCAAAGACUAAAUUAAAAAGACGUCAUCUAUGGUAUUUCACAACCUGCCUUUCACGAAUAUUCAGAGUAGCUUCUUCUACCUUUUAUUCCAAAUUUCUCUCCUGCUCUCAUAUUUUGAAGGCUUUAUUUCGACGUUCUUUGAAUUUGUCAGUUUUUGCCCAGAGCCUGCUCUCUGUGUCACAUUUUUUAAACUAUACUAAAUUAUGCUUACAGUAUUCCAUAUUUCUGUGAUGUCCUUUUACUUUUUCGGGCCUAGAAUGUGAGCCCAGUUAGUUAGAAGUAAUAUGAUCGGAUUUCAGGUAUCGGAUUUGAUCAAAUCUUGAAAAUGGGUUGUUCUAAAGAAAAGAAAAGCUUCUGAAAUAAGAUUAGAUCACGUAGUCUAGUCUUGGUUUUGAUCUGGAUACAACCUUCAGUAUGUGUUCAAAAUGUCUUAGUAGCAUUGGGAUACCUUUGAUCCAAAAAUCCGGAUUCAAUUAAGGGUGGAUUUCAGGAACAAAAUUUAGUAACAUUUUGCACUUGGUUUGUUUACCAGUUACUGUGAUGACGAGAUAAAGUCGACAUUAGGCUACCUAUUAGCCUUUCAGUAUAGUGAGAUAUUAAAAAAAAAAUAGAUAAAAAAAAGGAUGUUGUCCCCCAUGAAAUAAUCCCCCAAAUUGCUGUCAAAAUCAAACAAAAAUUAUUUCAAGUUUCAUCUCAGAGAUCUCUGUUUCAGUCUCUUUGGGGACAUGUUUGAAGAUAAGCAGUAAUUGCUGUGUGUUUGUUGCCAGACUGCCAACAUUGUGAUCCUAUUUGGUAAUUUUGAAAAGUUUGUAUCUUGACUGGGGAGAUCCAACUCUGCUUUGAAAAACCUGCACAAAACUAGGAUGGAUUAUCUGAUCCUACACAGAGAAACAUGGGAUUUGUUUUAACAACUGGGCCCUGGAAACAAUCUGUAGAUGAUUCUAAAUCACUGCUGCUUAUACCAUCGGGACACAACAAAACUAUAUUAAAUUGUGCAUGCAGUAUUCCGCAUUUCUGUGAUGUUCUUUUACUUUUUCAGGGCUGAAAUAUGAAGCUUGCACUCAUAUGAGAUUGCUUAUCUCAGAGGCAACAAAGAGUGGUAUUCAACUCAUAACAACAGUGCCGGACCUAGGACAUUUGGUUCCCUGGGCAAGCUUAUCCACGUGCCCCCUCCCCUAAAAAUAGAUUAUCAUAAAAAUAUACUAUUCUAAUUUUAAUAUUAUGAUUAUUGUUAUUAACAAGAACAAGAGCUAAUGAGAAAUCAACACAAUGGACAAACAAUAACAAUGAAUACAAACAAUAAGAGAAUACGGUAUGUGCCCAGGAUGGCUUUUGCUAUUUCAUUCAUUGUACUCAUUCUUACUCUACUGCUCUCCAUAUACCCUCCACUCCAUCUUUGCUUUUAUGUUAGAUUUUAGCAAUUGUGGUGCACCCCCCUUUGGAUGGUGCCCCAGGUGGAGGCAGUAAUGACUGGUACUCAGCCUCUGACAACAGUGCCGGACAAAACCUAAUCAUAUUCGGGCAAGCUUCCCAGGGCGCAACCAGCCCCCGAAUUAUUAUUAUCAGCAUUUAUUAUAUCAACUACUAACAAGAACAAAAUCUAAUGCAAAACUCAACACAAAUAAACAACUUAGCUAACAAACAAUAAGACAAUAUGGUAUGACCAAACGUGUCAUCUUCUUGUUUCUUUUAUGCUAAUGCUCUCCACAUACACUCCUUUAUUUCAGAUUUUGGCAAUUUUGGCAUCCCCCCUCUGGAUGGUGCCCUAGGUGGCUGUUGCCUAUAGAAAGAUGCCUAACCAUAUGUAUAUAUAUAUAAAAAAAUGUUUUCUGGGUUGCUGUAUUUGCAGCCCUCCAUGUUACGUCCUUAUGAACCCAUUUUUAGUGAAGUGAUUCCUGCCAAUAAGUUUCUGUAAUGUAAAACUGUAAGAUCAUCGUCGCAGUCAUUGUGAUG